AACAAAAUUGUCAAUCUACGUUUCUCAUACAAUGCCAAGAUUUCAACUUUUUUUCUGUUUUACCAUCCUUGUUGCAACCAUAACCUUCUUCAAUGUAGCUUCAGCUCACGUGAAAAUUAAACCUGCUUUACCGCAGAUUGAAGAUCCAUCUACCGUAAAAGAUGUCGAGUCUUAUACCAUUAAAGUUGUGACAACCUUCUUGGUUGACCUCGAGAAGGAAUGCCCCAAAACAGAAAAGUUUAAGGUCUUCUUCGAAAAACUCAAGGCGUAUUCCAAGUACGUGUGCCCGGUCUCUAAAGCAAAAGGCUACGAAUCUGACAUGAAGGCCAAGGCCGGUAGCCUUUUCGAGGCAAUCUCAGCUCUGGGUUCCGUUAAAAACAGAUCUAGAGGAGGAUCAGUAAGUGACUAAAUUUUUAUUGUUGUGUCCAUCAAACUAGAAAAACUUUAUAAAAUUGAUUAGGAGGU